AGCAGCAGCGGCGGCGGCGCGUGUGAUCGAGCGCUGUGCGGCAGCGGCGGCCGGGAGCGGACACAGAUCAUGAGGCGUCCUGCUUUUUUCCUUCAUUUGAUUCGUUUUAACGCUCGACGGCCCGUUUGAUCCGGAUCUGAUGGAGGGAGCCGCUGCGGGACCCGCGGCCGGAGGAUGUUCCGCGCUGCCGGAGGACGCGGACGCGGUGGUCGGCGCGGGAUGCGGGAUGGAUGCUGCAGAUCUCGACGCUGCUCUUAAGAAGACCUACAUAACCGAGAUGCCGUCGUCCUCGUGUCACUCCAGCUCCGGCCCUGAGAAGAAGAUCGGUCACAGGCGGGUCGAUGCGUCUGGUGAAACCACCUACAAGAAGACGACCUCGUCUGCCCUGAAAGGAGCCAUUCAGCUGGGGAUCGGCUACACCGUGGGUAACCUGAGCUCCAAACCCGAGCGGGACGUCCUCAUGCAAGACUUCUACGUGGUGGAGAGCAUUUUCUUCCCCAGUGAAGGCAGUAAUCUGACGCCGGCGCAUCAUUAUCCAGACUUCAGGUUUAAAACUUACGCUCCGGUGGCGUUUCGCUACUUCAGAGAACUCUUCGGGAUCCGUCCUGACGACUAUCUGUAUUCUCUCUGUAAUGAACCGUUGAUCGAGCUCUCGAAUCCCGGUGCCAGCGGCUCCAUUUUCUACGUCACUCGAGACGAUGAAUUCAUCCUGAAGACCGUCAUGCACAAAGAGGCCGAAUUCCUGCAGAAGCUGCUUCCAGGAUACUACAUGAACCUGAACCAGAAUCCGCGCACGCUGCUGCCCAAGUUCUUCGGUUUGUACUGCGUUCAGUCGGGCGGGAAGAACAUCCGAAUCGUGGUGAUGAAUAACAUCCUGCCGCGCGUCUUUCGCAUGCACCUCAAGUUCGACCUGAAGGGCUCCACGUACAAGCGCCGAGCGUCCAAGAAAGAGCGCGAGAAGUCCAAGCCCACCUUUAAAGACCUGGACUUCAUGCAGGACGUUCAGGACGGACUCCUGCUGGACGUGGACACGUACAACGCCCUGGUGAAGACGCUCCAGAGAGACUGUCUGGUGUUGGAGAGUUUUAAGAUCAUGGACUACAGUCUGUUGCUGGGUGUUCAUAAUCUGGAUCAGGCGGAGCGCGAUCAGCAGAUGGAGGGAUCGCAGAGCAGCAGCGAUGAGAAGAGACCGGCCGCUCAGCGAGCGCUUUACUCCACCGCCAUGGAGUCCAUUCAGGGAGGAGCGGCGUGCGGAGGCUCCAUAGACACGGACGACACGAUGGGUGGGAUUCCUGCUGUCAACGGGAAAGGAGAGAGACUCCUGCUCUUCAUCGGCAUCAUAGACAUCCUGCAGUCCUACAGACUCAUAAAGAAGCUGGAACACACAUGGAAGGCUCUGGUGCAUGAUGGGGACACUGUUUCCGUCCACCGGCCGAACUUCUACGCCGACCGCUUCUUCAGGUUCAUGAGCAGCAAUGUGUUCAGGAAAAGCACUUCGCUGAAGGCGUCUCCUGCUAAGAAGGGCCGUGCGGUGCUAAACAUUCCCAAAUUCGGCGGUCCUGGAGCGGCCUGGUCGGCCAGUCAGCUUCCCUCAGAACGAGACGAGAACAUCUAUGAUCUGAGAGGAGCGCGCAGCUUCCCUGUGCUGGAAAACGAUGGUUUGCAGUCUUGCACUCCUCCGUCGUUCGAGGAAGCGACCACUGCGUCUGUGGCCACAACUCUGUCCUCAAACACUUCCAUAUCUAUCCCAGAACGCUCUCCGUCAGACACCACAGAACACCCGCGCUACAGAAGACACACGUUGUCUCUGAAAGACGCUGAAGGAAGGACACAUGAAGUGGUGGACGUGCAUGAGGAAGACCAGCAGACCAUCACUGUGCAGGUGGAGGUGAAGAGAGAGAGAGAAGAGGAUGAGGAGGAGGAGGAGAAGGAGCCAGAAGUCACCCUGACACAUGUUGUGAUGGAUGUUGCUCCUCCUGACACUGAUGACCUCGCAGCUUCAGCACCCGUAACCCAGGAAACCAUCUCCCAGGCAACUCUGCCUGAUGACACAACCAUCCAAACAACAGUUCCUGUGGAAACGGCUCCUUUGACAGAAACCAGGACCCUCGAAACAACUCUGGCCCCUGAAGCAGCAGAGCCGCUCCGUUCCAGCCCGAGCAUGCAGCGUCCCGACGCGGACAGACUCUCAGAGUCCCAGAGCCGGGAAUCGCUGGAGGAAGAGAUCGCGUCGACCACUGACAUCUAUUUUUACGCUGAGGGCAGAUAUUGGGUUUAUUCUCCGGUUCUCCAGCGGAGGAAGCUCAGCUCCUGCAGUGUCCCUCCAGAGGACAGGAGUUGGGUUUAUUCUCCGCUGCAUUACGGCUCAGAGCCUCACGAUGAAAUCGACACAUAAUCAGGAUGUACUGGUCUCUCUGUCUCUCCCGUGGGACUGAAGCUCUUCAGGAUGAAUUCGUGCACGAGCACGAGCGAGACGAACCGAAGAACCUUCCGGACAAAAAACACGUUCCUUUUCUACCUGGGUGCCACUUCCCGAUCCGUUCCCUUCAGCUCUCAGAAAACCCAGUGUGUGAGUGUUUGUGAAUCCAAACGUCAGGACGUUUAGUGACGUGCAUCGACCCUCAAGCGCAUCUCGUCAUUUUAAUGCACUAGACUAGAUUUAAUGUCUUCAAUCAUUCCAUGAGCUCAUCCGAGCGCCGUGACUCUUCUCCCGAAUCCACACGUCCAGCGUGGAGCUUCCUCAUUAUGCAAUAUGAACUUCUCCCCGUGAUUGCAUGUAUUUACAUGAUGUAUUUUUAUUUUGUGUACAUCUGAGAUGGAAUACAGUUAAAAUAGGAUGUUUUGAGAGUGAAAGCAUUAGUGCAGAUGAUGAAAAACAUAUCGUGACGCUGGAAGCUGCUGUGAAACUGCUGGAGCUGCAACAUAUCAACAUCACGUAUGAAUCCAGGAUCGGUCAUGUGAGUCCUGUCUUUUUCUAUCAAUCGUGUGUAUUUCUUUCUCUGUAUUUUUCAUGCUGUUUUAGAUGGUCUUCAUUAAAACUCUUCAUGGUGAAUUCCCUCUAUUCAGGUCAACACACUGCAGAAAAUCAAUUAUUUAAUCUAUAUUUUUGUCUUGCUUUCAAGUACAAUGCCUAAACAUCCUUAAAAUGAGAUGCAUUUACUUCAGAAUUAAAACUGUGGUAAUAUUAAGAGUUAAAAAAAUUACUCUACUGGCAAAUAGUUAUUUUCUUCUUAAUUAUUAUUAUUAUUAUUAUUAUUAAAAAAUAAUUUUAUUAUAAAUAUAAAAUUAAAAAAUCCAUAUUGUAUUUAAGGAAAAGUUUCCAAUAUAUUUUUCUUUUAAACUAAUGUUUUAUUUAUUGUCAUCUUUCGUCUAGAUAAUUGUAUGGCUUUCUAUUUCAGUAUAAUUUAUAAUUAUAAUUUAUUAUUAUUUAUUAUUAUUUAUGUUUUUACUUUUGGCAAAUAUUUUUUUAUUUAGCAAUAAUAAUAAUAAUAAUUAUUAUUAUUAUUAUUAUUAUUAUUAUUGCUCAAAAUCAUUUAUCCUAUUUUAUAAUUUAUAAUGUAGUACUGUGUUUUUUACUUUAUUGGCAAAUAGUUUUUGUCUUACUUUAAGCAAUUAUUAUUAAUUAUUUAAAAUAUGAAUAAUAAAUAUUACUAUACUACAAAUACUAGAUAAAUAUUACUAUAUUAAGAAAUAUUGCUGUACUACAAAUAGUUUUUUAUUUCUUAUUUUAAGCAAUUAUAAUAAUAAUAAUAUUAUUAUUAUUAUUAUUGCUAAAAAUCAUUUUACUGAAUAUGAAUCAUAUUUUAUAAUUUAUAAUGUAGUAUAGUGUUUUUUAAUUUUGUUGGCAAUUUUUUUUUAUAUCUUAUUUUAAGCAAUUAUUAUUAAUUAUUUUAAAUAUUCCUAAUAAAUAUUACUAUACUACAAAUAGGUUUUUAUUUCUUAUUUUAAGCAAUAAUAAUAAUAACAAUAAUAAUAAUAAUAAUUAUUAUUAUUAUUACUAUUAUUGCUUAGUCAUUUUAUUUAAAAAUGUAAAUCAUAUUUUGUCAUUUAUAAUGUAGUAUAGUGUUUUUUGUACUUUAUUGGCAAAUUUUUAUAUCUUAUUUUAAGCAAUUAUUAUUAAUCAUUUAAAAUAUUAUUAGUAAAUAUUACUAUUAUUUAUUUAAAAAAAUAAAAUGUAUGCAUUUUUUUAUAAAUUAAUAUUGUUUUAUAAUUAGAAUUUAUAAUUUAGUAUUUUUAGUCAUUUUCUUUUAAGAAAAUGUUCUUAUUAUUGUAAAUUAUUAUUGUCAUUGCCAGUGAAGCAUAAAAAGUACUUCAUGAUAUCAUAACAUUUUGUCCCAAAUACAGUAAAUGUAUUUUAUUUUAAGCAUGUUUGGGUAAUAUUACUGAAAAAACAAUAUAUUUUUAUGGCGCACUAAGCGCUCUCUAGAGUCAAUAUCUAUAAAGACAUAAUGACUUUUUGGAAGCGAUAGAGUGUGUGUACAGUAUGUUUGUUGUCAUUCAACAUAAAAUCAGAAGUUGAUUGUUCGUGUUUAUGACGAAACACUAAACGUACUGAACUGUGACUUGAUUUCAACCUUGUCAUUCUGCUUUUUUAAGCUUUAUUCCAUUUCAAGGAAGACUUUCUAAUAUAGUUUUUCUCUAAAAAAAAUUUUUAAUUUAUUGUCAUCUUAUAUCUAUGUAAUUUUAUGGAUGUCUAUGAAAACUUUAUAGUUUUUUAUAUUUUUUUAAUGUCUUUUUUGUUUGUUAAGGCUAUGUGCUGAAUAUCAUAAUCAUGGUCACAACAGGAAUUUAUAUAUAAAUGUAUAUAAUCAAUCUCUCGAGGGAAUGUUUUGGUUCUAAAACAGCAUCUGUGACAUCAAAAUAAUUCGGAAUAAUUCCACAUUUUUUAAAAAUCACAUUUACAAAAAUGCACUUAAAAUGGAAUUAAAAAUUGGAUAUAAUGUUAAGAUUUUACUGAUAUGUUUUCAAGUCUAGUGGCAAUGCUUUAUAAAUUUUUAAUGUCCAUUUUAAAGUGUAUUAAUGUAAAUGUGUGAAGUUAUAAAAUAAUACUUUUAUUGAACCUACGUUGUUUCUUUAAUGUUCAGUUUGGGUUUUAAAGAAAAAAAUGGCUUUAUUUCAGCAAUGAAAUCAACAAUAUUAUCAAAAUCAAUGGUGCGAGUCUUUGUAGUAUAAUGUACAAUAUGUUUUAAAGUAUAAUAAUGUACUGUAUGUGUGAAGUACUGAGAGUUUUUUUAUUUUUUUUCCGGCUGCAUGUUGUUGGUGUGAAGCUCUCGUGUUUGAGUAUGUGAUUUCCAGUCUGCCCUCAGUAACUAAAGUGUGUGUGAAUGUGUGUGAAUGUGCGUGUAUGAGAUGUUUGACUGUAUAUAUUUUUGGUUAUUGAUUUGAGGAAGGUCUGUGCUGUAUUUUAGGCUUUGUCCUUUCUGAAUCUCUUUUUCUGGUGAGACUCAGUGCAUGUGAACCAAACCAAGCAAGCGUCCGUAAGUGUCCGUCUCUAACACUAAACAUCCAUGGCCUGUGUGUCUGUACAGAUCAUUAGCUGGUAAUGAUGAUGUAAAAAUAAAAACAAACCAUACGAAUAAAGCCUACAUGGAAAAUACA